AUGUCCUUGAAGCCAAAAGCUAGAAGGUAUUCCAGAAUUUCACCAAAUCGAAGUGAUUCUUCAUUCAUUAGUCCAUCUAUUGAUGAAAAUUUAAAUAACAAUAAUGUUGAUAAUUUAUCAGAAUCAAUAGAAUCAACUUUAGAUUUAACUAAUUCAAAUCUUUCAUCAGAAUCAAAUAUAAAUCAAAUAAAUAAUCCUGAAUCUAUAAGACAUUCCAUAUUAUCAAAAUUUAAUAAUUCACCUUCCAUAACUCCCGAAAUAUCAUCAGAAUAUGUUAGUCCUUCACCACAAUUAAUAAAUGAAAAUUUGAAAAUUGCUACAACUUCAUCAUAUAUUCCACCAUGGACUGAACCAUAUAUUAUAGGUAUAGCUGGUAAUUCAGGUAGUGGAAAAACUUCAAUAUCUCAACAAAUUAUUCAAGGAAUAAAUCAACCAUGGACUGUAUUAUUAUCUUUUGAUAAUUUUUAUAAAUCAUUAACUCCUGAAGAAAGUGAAAAAGCAUUUGAAAAUGAACAUGAUUUUGAUAAACCAGAUGCAUUAGAUUUAGAUGCUGUUGUUGAAACUAUACAAAAUUUAAAAAAAGGUGGGAAAGCAAUUAUACCUGUUUACUCAUUUGCAAAACAUUCAAGAACUGAAAGAACAAAUACUAUAUAUGGAGCAAAUGUUGUUAUAGUAGAAGGUCUUUAUGCAUUAUAUGAUGAGAGAUUAUUAUCAAUGAUGGAUUUAAAAAUUUAUGUUGAUACAGAUUUAGAUAUAUGUUUAUCAAGAAGAUUAAUUAGAGAUAUAUUAUAUCGUGGACGAGAUUUAAAGGGGACUAUAAAACAAUGGCAAUAUUUUGUUAAACCAAACGCCGUCAAGUAUAUUAAUCCAACAAAAGAUAAUGCAGAUUUAAUUAUACCGAGAGGUUUAGAUAAUUCAAUUGCUAUAAAUCUUAUGAUAAAACAUAUUAAAAAUCAAUUAAUUUUAAAAUCAAGAAAACAUAUACAAAAUUUAAAAAAUUUAGGACAAACUACUUCUUUUAAAGUUGAAGAUUAUCCAAAUUUAAAAAUUUUACCUAUAACAAAUCAAUUAAGAGGUAUAAAUUCAUUAAUAUUAGAUAUAAAUACUUCAAGAAAUGAUUUUAUAUUUUAUUUUCAUAGAGUUUCAGGUAUUUUAAUUGAAUUUACUCAAAUGAAUUUUUUUAAAUAUGACCCAAUUCAAAUAAAAACAAUGAGUGGAUAUGAAUUUAAAGGAUUAAAAUCAAUUCAAAAUCAACAAGUUGCUAUAAGUAUAAUAAGAAGUGGUGAUUGUUUUAUGACACCUUUAAAAAAGACAUAUCCUGAAUUAACAGUUGGAAAAAUGUUAAUUCAAAGUGAUUCAUCAACUGGUGAACCUCAAUUACAUUUUGAAAGUUUACCAAGAAAUAUAAAUGAAAUUGGUAAAAUUAUGUUAUUUGAUUCACAAAUUAUAAGUGGAGCAGGUGCAAUAAUGGCUAUACAAGUAUUAAUUGAUCAUAAAGUUUUAGAAAAUGAUAUAAUAUUUAUAAGUUAUUUAUCAACAGAAAUUGGUAUAAGAAGAAUUUUAAAUGUUUAUCCAAAUGUUAAUUUAGUAAUUGGUAAAUUAUCAUCAAUUGAAGAAAUUAAAGGAGAUAACGAUGAUUCAAAAGAUAUACCAUGGUAUAAUGAAGAGAAGUUUUGUGAUACAAAUUGGCAUUUUAGAAACAGAUUUAUAGAUAGUUUAUAUUUUGGAACUGAUUAG